CUGCUGAUUUGGGUAUGUGUGCUGUAAACAAUGAAUAAAACUCAGGCUAUGCCCCAGACAAGCUAUAUGUACCAGUGCAGCUACCUGCCCUCCCCAUUCCCUGAGGUACGGCACGCAGACUCGCCCCUGGACCAGUCCUCCAAGUGCUUUAAGGAUUGGUGUCCCACGGCCUUUCAACCGCCUGACUCCUGACUCGCGUCACCAUGGAAACCAGCCCCCUACUCAUUGUGCUGACUGCAGCUCUCAGCACAUCGGCCUUCCCCAGUCACUACAGACGCACGUUCUCCUCAACAAACGAACAUAUGACCUGGACUGCGGCUCAGGCCUACUGCCGGGAGAAUCACACUGACCUGGCUACUGUGUACAGCCAGGAGGAAGCAGAAAGGAUUUUAAACAUUGAAACAGACGAUGUCUUUGUGUGGAUUGGCCUGAGGCGCAGUAACAGCAGUGUGAAAUGGUCUAAUGGAGUCAGUGUUAAUUACACUAAAAAUAAAGCUGAUGAUGGACGGGAGGAACCGUUCUGCACCUCCAUGAAGGCAGAUGGAGAUUGGGAGAAUGUGAACUGCACCCAGGGGAGAGCUUUCAUGUGCUACAACAAAGGAGAUGGUGAUCACCCCCUGAGUUACACCCUAAAAAAGGAGCGACGCUCCUGGUGUGAAGCUCAGAGGUUCUGCAGACUGCACCACACUGACCUGGUCAGCAUCAGCAGCAGCACCCAAAAUGAUGCGGUAAAGGAGGAAGGAAGCAGUAGCAGCGCCCCCUUCUGGAUCGGCCUGAUAAACACGGACUGGGAGUGGUCUGACGGAGCGUGCUCCACCUUCAGAAACUGGGGGGGGCAAUCCUGAGAAAGGAAAGGACUGUGUGUUCUUGAUUAAAGAAGAAAAGGAAAUGGGCGUUUAAGGUUGUUCUCAAAACGCAGUAGGCAUCUGUUAUAAAGACGAGAUCCACGUGAUUAAGAGCACUGAGACCUGGGAGAGCGCUCUGGACUACUGCAAUCAGAACUACGAGGGAUUCCUGCGCAUCGAGUCCCCGCAGGACCAGCGCCGGCUGGAGGAGGAGCUUCACAAAAACAAC